CGCGGAACGUUUAAAAUGACAAUUUGGUAGUGAAAAGAUUUUGUUGACUGAUUAAUUGGCAUUAUUGGAAUGACUUCCUCAGAAGAAGAGGUGAGAAUUCUUUCACUACAAGAGAUUGAAGAAUGGAUUAUUGAACAGUAUAAAAAUGAAAAGGAUAGUGUACCUCGAUUCAUUGAUACUCCUAGGGCCAGAAGUUCUAUGUCUAGAAUCAUUCAACGAAAUAAAGAAGCAGAAAAGGAUGCCCAAGUUGUUGAAGAGAUGAGCCGUCAACUUUCAAAGAAAUAUUUGAAAAAAACAAAGGAGAUCAAGUCUUUACUGCCUGACAGGGUAAUAGAAGAUGUAAAUCCAAAUGCUUUACAAAGGAUUGAAAAAAUUGCCAGAGUAGCCAACAUUAUGAAAUGUAAAUCACCUUUUUCAACAAAUUUUUUAUUUGGACUUUCUGCUUUAAAUGAGAAAGCAAUGGAGCAAGAGGAAAGAGAUUUGAUUCUGAAUCAUGAACUAUCAGAGAUCGGUCAGAAAAUUUCUAACAUUAUGCGCAGGAAUGAAGCUCUUAAAAGAAAAGUGAAAAGACUAGAAUCUGUUUCAAAAGAUCAACAGAGUCAUGUCCUAAAAGAGUCCUGUAAGUUUCUAUCAACUAAAAGUGGAGAAUAUAAAGAUAGUAUUAAGAAAUUAAAGAAACAUCUCAAAUGUAGAGGAUAUGAUCCUUCAUUAUCUCAUGGACGUCUAGUUAUAAAAAGAGAGGUAAUUAAAUUUUGCUCUUUAUUUUUAAUUAAGAAGCAUAUAUAUGUCUAUUUUAUAGCAAACUAG